AUGCAAAAUAUGAUACUAGACCUCUAUGGUCCAGAUACUUCCGCAGACACCAUCCGAGAGUUGCGUGAAGAAGCAGCACGAGUACUCGAGGAGUCAGGUGGUUCCUGGACACGAGAAGCAGUACAAAAUCUCAAGCUAAUUGACUCCGCAAUCCGGGAAGCAAUGAGGAUUACACCGUUUGCUUGUAUUGGCUUGCCUCGGACGGUUAUUCACCCCGAUGGAAUUACUAUCGAAGCUGCAGAUGACAAAGUACACAUCCCUUGCGGAAUGGUCUUUGCAGCUCCUCUCGAAGGCGUACAUCACGACGAAGACAUCUAUCCAGAUUCGCGCCGCUACAAGCCAUUUCGGUUUGUAGGCCGGGAGGCAUCACACCAUACUUCAGGACCAAAAAAAGAAGCCGUCGGUGCAGCAGAUAAUAGAACAGAUAGGAGCGGGUCGCAGAAUGACAGGUCGUCUGUGACGCUUGAUGAGGACUUUCUCAGCUUCGGGAUAGGCAAGCAUGCAUGCCCCGGACGGUUUUUUGCCGUAAACGAAAUGAAGCUGUUCGUGGCACAUAUGCUACUUAAUUAUGAUGUUGAGUGUUUGAGUAGGCGGCCUAAAGCAAGAACUUUUGGUUGGAUCAGACUCCCAUAUAAUGACGGUCAAGUGCGUGUACGCAAGAGAAGUGCAGGCUUCAAAGAGGAGAGCGAGGUUAUGAGUAAUGGUAGGACUUAA